AUGGUCAGCUUUUUCGACUCACCUUUACAUCCACCUCCACCUCCAGGAGGAGCGUUCAAGGCCCCGGGAAGGCUUCUCGUCACUCAAGUCGAUGCUGUGGCCGAACGAUCGCCCACCCGUCGGUUUGGCUUGAUUCCAAAUGGUACCGAAGUCGAGAAUGGCUUCCGCGAGGUGACCUUCCAGGAUCUCUCUCGUGCGGUGGAUGCGAUGGCCUGGUGGAUCGUGGAAGCCCUGGGCAUGCCAACAACGAAGGAGGAAACAAUUGCUUACCUGGGGAAUAACGAUGUUCGCUACAUCGUGUUUAUCCUUGCGUGUCAUAAACUUGGCUAUACGACAGCAUGUACCCAUCUGCUGUUCAGCCAGGAAAAGUCUCAGAUCGCCUCGCGAAUCAAAGCCUUGAGCGGGAAGAUGCGGACCCAUGAAGUGCCAUCGGUGACCGACACCUUCGGCCAUCGAAGUGGCACGAAGCGAUUCGACUUCGCGCGGACCUAUGAUGAGAUGGUGAACAAGAUCGCUUUCAUGAUUCAUAGUUCAGGAACGACCGGCAUGCCCAAGCCAGUUCCCCUGACGCACGGCUUCCUGGGUACGAUGGACUACGGCCCGUCGAUGCCUCGACCUGCUGGGCGGUCCUCUUCGUUCUUCAACGACCUUGCCUCCGACGACCCCUCCCCCACGGACCUUGUUCUCUCCUCCACGCCUUAUUUCCAUCUGAUGGGUCUGGUCUCCUUUUUCGAAUCCAUCUUCCAUAACAUCCCCUUCGUCGCCAGCCCGGAAAAGCUCCUGUCGGUGGGGUUCUUGAUCGAUCUCAUCCGGCACACGAAGCCGACGGCGACUAUUCUUCCCCCGUCGAUCCUGGAAGACAUGAGCCAUUCCGAGGAGGGUCUCGCUUGCCUCGGCAGUAUGAAGUUUGUCUGCUAUGGUGGGGCCCCGCUGGCCCCGGAAGUUGGCGAUAGGCUCAGUCGGUACACCGAGCUACGAUCCCCGAUUGGAUCCAGCGAGAUGGGAAUCAUCAGCUCCAUGGUCCCCGAGGGGGAAGGCAACUGGGGAUACUUCGAGUGGACCCCUGCGUAUCACGUCGACAUGCAGCCGAUUGGGGACGGCUUGUAUGAGCUCGUUCUGCCCCGGGUGGAACAUUCCCUGGUCAUCCACGGGAUAUUCCACACCUUUCCCCAGCUGAAGGAAUAUCGCUCCAAAGACCUAUACACCCGACACCCAUCUAACCCCAGGCUCUGGAGGUAUCAUGGACGCCUCGACGAUGUGAUUGUGCUCAGUAACGGAGAGAAGCUGAGCCCGGUCUCCUUGGAGAAGAUUGUCGAGGGCCAUCCCUCCGUACACCGGGCUUUGCUCGUCGGUCAGCGCCGAUUCCAGACAUGCUUGCUGAUUGAGCCAGUCAUCGACGACCCCACCUCCGAUGCGACCGAUGAGCGGACGGAGGAGGAGUUCGUGGAGUCAAUCUGGCCAGUGGUGCAGGCUGCCAACGAGACGGUCCCCCAGUAUGGCCAGGUCGUGAAGACCAUGAUCCGUCUGUCUUCGCGCGAGAAGCCCUUCAAACUGACCGCCAAAGGCACCACCCAGCGACAUGCAGUGAACCAGGACUAUGCAGGGGAGAUCGAGGAGAUCUACGCCGCGCAGGAUCGACGAAUGUCGGUGGCGCUGCCAUCAGCCCUCACGCGCGAAGGGGUCUCUGCGUAUCUGCAGGGCAUCAUCUCGACCCUGACCGGCAAGUCCGACAUCCGACCCAGCGAUGACCUGUAUGGCCUGGGCCUGGACUCCCUGCAGGCCAUCCAGUUGAGUAAGACCCUGAAGAGCUCGGUUUCCGCCUACAGCUCGCAGUGCCCCGUGGAGCGUCUGCAGGUCCAGAACAUCUACGCCCACCCGACGGUGGACGCGCUCACGGAUCUUCUGCUGGGGGUGCUCGACCAGUCCGCAGUGCAAACGGCCCCCGUUACGCGCGCGGAGCGCAUCGCGCAAUUGAUCUCCAAGUACACCGGGGAUCUCCACGCUCCGCCCGCCGGCGCCCAAGUCGCUCCCCCGCCGGCGCGCUCGACCGUCAUUCUCACCGGAUCGACGGGAUCGUUGGGCACGUACAUCCUGGAGGAGCUGCUGCGCAACCCCCGGGUGGCCAAGGUGUACUGCUUCAACCGGAGCGCGGACGCGGCGUCACGCCAGCGGGCGGGAUUCGAGGAGAAGGGGCUGUCGACCUGGCUGCUGGAUGACCCGGGGCAGGUAGAGUUCUGGCAGGUGGAAUUCGGGGCGAGACAGUUCGGGCUGCCGGACGAGCGCUACGGCGAGCUCCUGGGGCGGGUGGACCUGAUCAUCCACAACGCGUGGAAGGUGAAUUUCAACCAUCCGGUCUCCUCGUUCGAGGACCCCCACCUGCGCGGGGUGCGCGGCUUCGUGGACCUCAGCACGCGCAGUCGCCACCGCGCGCACCUCGCGUUCGUGUCCUCGGUCAGCACGAUCGGGGCGUGGCAGCCGACGGACGCGGGGGUGACGGCGGUGCCGGAGGAGCCCAUGGCGUCGGUGGCCACGGCGCUGGCGCAGGGAUACGGCGAGUCGAAGUUCGUGGGGGAGCGCAUCUGCGUGGAGGCGUGGGCGCGGGCAGGCGUGGCCAGCAGCAUCCUCCGCGUCGGGCAGAUCGCAGGCCCGGACUCGCCGCGCGGGGUCUGGAACCCCCACGAGUGGAUCCCCGCCCUGGUCAAGUCCUCCAAGGCCUCCGGCAAAGUCCCCAGCGAUCUCGGCGGCUAUCCCGUCGACUGGGUUUCGGUGGACUCCCUGGCGCGCAUCAUCACCGAACUUCUCCUGAACCCCCGCUGCAACCGCUCGACAUAUCCCGCCGUGUUCCAUCUCGUCAACCCCUCGCGCACCAGCUGGGCCUCGCUGGUCCCCGCCAUCCAAGCCCGGUAUCCCGUCCAGCCCGUCCCGCUCACCGAAUGGCUGGCCGACCUGCAGGCGAUUCCCGACCCCUCCGACCAGGAGGUCGAGGCGAAGCCCGCGCUGAAGCUGCUGGGCUUCUUCCGCGCGCUCGCCGACAAUGAUGCAGCGGUCCUGUCGGCGGACAUCAGCGUGGAUCGGGCCAAGGAGGGGAGCCCCACCAUGGCCGCCCUGGGUCCCGUCUCGUGCGCCCAGAUGUCCAAUUGGUUGGCGCAGUGGGACUUUUGAGCUGGUUUGGCACAGUAAUCUGUAGGCAAGUUAUACCCAUUGGCUG